AUGUCGGGCUAUCAACUUCAGUCACCAUGCCGCGUGGAGGACGGCCUACUCAUUGCGCAGAGCCAGGUUUCAGCCUUCUUUGAAGAAGCAUGGUGGAGAUUAUCAUGGACUGACAGAACUCGAGAAUCAUUGAUCCAAAGCAUCGCAGAUCGAAGCCCCAAGAACUUGCUCACCAACCGAGAAGUUCGGAGGCAUCAAAAGAUAGUUCACCUCGAAACUGGAGACAUUGUCGGAUACGCACGGUGGAUCCUCCCCGAGUCUCACAAAGACGCUUGGCUUGAAGCGCAAACACCAGACGUGAGCGAUGAACAGAGGGAAGUUUUUGCGAGGCGUCAUGCGGAAACCGACUGGAACCCACGCGAGGAUAACGAUAAGUUGGAUGAUCAUAUUGGUGGUUGGAGAGAGAAGCACAAACAAGAAAGGGACAUGGAUCACCAGCAAAAAGGGCUAGCAAGUUUACUUGUCAACUCAGGCCUCGAAGAAGCCAAGAAGCUAAGAAUCAAUGUCAUAAUCGUGGCCAUGGGCCGACGAGCUCUUGGUCUCUAUUUGAAGCACGGCUUCGAACUGCUUGAGGAGAAGAGCCAGAGUAUGAGUUACUUCGGGAUUGAUAAGCUUUACGAGACCUUUUACUUGAGAAAGAAAGCUGAAAAGUGA